AUGUCUCAACCUUUAAGGAAAAGAGGUAUAAAUGUACCCACAUCCAUAUAUGAUUCUGGAAUUCAUAAGAAUGUUGAUGAUAUCCAUUAUAACAACUCCACUUUCAGACCAAGAAGAUCAACCAAGCUCUCCAGAUAUAUAAGUUCUAUUAAGCUUGGUCAUUUGAUGCUAGUGUCUUUCUUAUGGCUUAUAACACUUUUUUAUUUCCAAAGAAUCAAACCAGGACAUGCAAUAGACGAAUGCGAGUGGUCAAAGUGGGAACAUUUUGGCACUGAUGCUGAGCCCCAUAGAGUUUUAUUAAUUGCUGAUCCACAAAUUGUUGACGAUCACACCUAUCCAUCAAGACCUCGGUGGAUCCAAUACAUUACAAAGAAAAUAUCAGAUAAUUACAUGUCAAUAAAUUACAAACAUAUGCAAGAAAAAUUACGUCCACAUUCUACAAUAUUUUUGGGAGAUUUGUUUGAUGGAGGAAGAGAAUGGCAUGAUGACAAGAAGUGGUAUGAUGAAUGGAAGAGGUUCAACAGAAUGUUCCCAAGUUAUCCAAACAGAAAGUUUUAUUAUAAUAUCUUGGGAAACCAUGAUGCUGGUUGGGAUAAAACUAUGAAUAGAACCAUUCUUGAUAGAUUUAAAGUGAUAUUUGGUGAUAGUAAUGACUAUCAGAAUAUUGGUAAUCAUACUUUCUUAUUUCUUGACACUAUUGCAUUAUCUGCCACCAAUAAUAAUGACUCUUCAAUAGUAGAAGAGGCUAGAUACUAUCUCAAUAAUUUAACAGAGAGCUUUUUGCCAGAGUUGGACAGCAUACAGGUCUCAAAAAAUCAAAAUUUGUUCCCCAGAGUUUUAUUGACACACGUUCCAUUCUUCAGAGAUCCAGCACAACAGCCAUGCAGAGGCCCAAGAGAAAACAAAAAGCCAUUUCCUUUGGUGAAUGGUGGUACUUUUCAAACAGUAUUAUUUCCUGAUUUAUCAAAUGAAUUGCUCAACAAAUUGCAACCAGAAAUCAUCUUUUCUGGUGAUGACCAUGAUUAUUGCGAGAUUGACCACAUGUAUAUAGUUAACAAAAAACGAGCAGGGGCUGAUACUUCCAACAAACAAACCAGGGAAAUUACAGUGAAGUCUUUCUCGAUGAAUAUGGGUGUGCGGUAUCCAGCUGCUCAGUUGCUCUCAUUAUAUAACCCCCUUGACAGGCCGGUUUCCCAGACAUAUCAAACAGAAAUUUGUUAUCCUUAUGCACCAUUUGUGACUUUAUAUUCAUAUGGCUUUUUGUUGUUGGUGACUAUAAUUCACUGGGUAUUGGUCAGCAUUUGUCCUAGUACUUUCAUCAAAAUACAAUUGGCACUAUAUAAAUGCUUUAAACAUCUAUUGCCAAAAAGUUUGAUUUCGAAGUAUUCAUCAAUGGGUGGCAUAUAUACAGAUAAGAAAUAUGAAGAUGACUUGAAUACUCCAUUUUCGCCAGAAAGUCUAAAAUUUUAUGAGGACGGCUAUGAUUUGGAAAGAAUAACCCUGGGGAAGGGUUUAAAGCCUAGAGAUCUGAGAGGUUUUUGGGUAAAUUUUACUACUCAAUUGUUGGUUAUCUAUCUAUUGUUCAGUUAUUUCUAUAUAACUGUGUAA